CGAUUUUUCUUUCGAGUGUCGCAGCCGAUUCACAGUCUUGAGCAGGCUCGGGCUGUGUUCAAGACAUUGGGAAGCUACGGUGACAUGAUCGAAUACAAAUUCAUGAGAUGCCCGGAAACACGAUCCUACCUACGUCACGGUUUUGUCGUCUAUAAGCGUCCGGAGGAUGGUCAGCAAGUCCUGAACGAUAAAUUUAUUCGCGUGGACUCGAACCUUUUCAAAGAACCUUGCGACGUCAAAAUUGAAAGAACC